CACUUGCUUUUGUGUGUUAAAUAAGAAAAUACUUAUAUUGCAAAAUGCUCCCCAACGAUAAAAAAGGUUUUAAAGCAGCAAAGAACGAUAAGUUCUCGACCCAUGCCCUCCUCAAUGAGAAUGACAACGACCAAUCACUAAGCUCCGAUGAGCAGGACGACAUAUUUUUCCUGAUCUAUCGGAAGGCACAUACUUUGUUCCAGGCAGGAAAGUUAUGGAUGAGGCGUAUGCGUUAUCACGAUGCACAAAGGGCAUUUGAGAAAGCGAUAACACGCUUGAAAACUUGCAAAACUAGCAGUUUCGAACAGCAGUGCCGUAAAAAAGAUAUGCUUAUCGCCCUUUUCGAAAGCUUGAUGAUCUGCUUCAACAAGAUGAGGCAGUCCAGGUGCGUCUGCUAUGUCAUGAAGGAACUUCGUCUCCUGACCAUCAAUAAUCCUUCGGCUUUGGCGCUCUGUCAGCACGGUCGUGCCCUAAGCGACUUGGGUAAAUACCAUCCAUCCCGUUUGUGCUACAUAAAGGCGUUGAAAAAACGUCCUAGAGACCAGGGUAUCAAGGAUAAGAUUACCAGAAUCAGCAAGAGAAUCACAGAACUUGAGGAUACCAAUCAGAUGCUUUCUCAGCUGAGUAUAUAACAAAAAAUCUACUGAAAUCUUCAUAUAGAAAGCAAUAAGCUAUCAGUUAAUAAUAAAUAUCCUUAAAACUG